AUGACAUUGAAUAUGGUGCGGCCUAAAAACAUACUUGCAACUUUAAAAUAUAAGAUACCCAGAAACAUCUCAAAUAUUAAGCAAGUGCGUAAUAUUUGUGUCAAUUACAAUAAGGCGGUAAGGAAGGAUAGAACUAAAAUGCAACUUUUGAAACUUUUGGAUGAUAACAAUUUUGCAUCAAGGUACGGAACUUGCGAGGAUGGAGUGACUGUUCAAGAUAUAUUUUGGACUCACCCUGGUUCGAUAAAAUUGUUCAACAAUUUCAUAUUGUACUCAUCAUCGACUCAACGUAUAAGACAAACAAGUAUAGGUUUCCACUAUUAUAAAUUGUUGGUGUCACCUCUACAGAGAAGACUUUUUUUUGUUGGGUUUACAUUUCUGGAGAGUGAGAAAGAGGAAAAUGUUUCUUGGGUUUUAGAAGUUUGUAGGACAAUGUUGAAAGACAAAGAAAACAUGCCUAAAGCCAUUGUCACCGGCCACGAUACCGCCUUAAUGGAUUUGGUUGAAAAGGUAUUUCCUACCUCUUACGCAUUACUUUGUAGGUAUCACAUCACAAAGAAUGUGAGAAGUAUAGUUAAACCCACGGUUGGGACGAAACAAAUUAAGGUCGAAGACAAAAUAAUUGUAAAAGGAAGUGUCAUAGUUGAAAGAAUAAUGGAUGCAUUGACUAUGAUAAUUAAUGCUUCUACAAAAGAAGUUUAUGUUGAUGUUAUUAUACAAUUCAGAAGGGUGAAACUUGAUAGCCCGAUACAAAUGGAUGAGGUUUGCACUCACUGGAAAGUGCUAAGGUUUAAUGAUGAUGGUGUGAUGAAGGACGAUAAAUCAAAUAUAUCUAUCUUGACCGAAUGGGAAGUGAUACAUGAGAACUUUUUGAAAGUCGAUGACAAUAUUAAACUCCAUAUCAAAGAGCAACUGAGAAAACUUGCUUAUCCAGAAAUCACUGAUAAACCACCGUCUCAACCAGUAAAAAUAAAAGGUGCUCCUAAGAAGGUCAAAUCAACACCAAGUGGCAAUUCAAUGAUGCGGUCUCCUUCCUAUUUUGAACAUGUUGACAAACUUUUUCCGGAUUCUCCAACUCCAGAAUCUCAACAAAAAAAAUGCUUUCAAAGGAGCUCGCAUUAG